GCGCGGCGAUCAGCAGUGUGCUGUGUCCGGAUCAUCGAUCACGGAAAGACCCAAAGAUGUUGGCUCGGUCAUGUGAUCAGCUGUGUCCAAUCACAGCUGAUCACAUGGGACAUGUACACUGAUCAUCAGGGCACUGAUCAUCAGUGUGCCCUGAUGAUCAGUGUAGCCCCAGCAGUGCCACCUGUCAGUGUCUAUCAGUGCCUUAUGUCAGUGCUCAUCAGUGCCUCGUGCCAGUGCCCAUCAGUGUCACAUCAGUGCCUACCAGUGCACAUCAAUGCCACAUAUCAGUGCCCAUCUGAGCUGCCUUUCAGUGUCACCCAUCAGUGCCAGUCAGUGCCACCUAUCAAUGCUAAUCAGUGCCACCUAUCAGUGCUGCCAAUCAGUGCCACCUAUCAGUGCCAGUCAGUGCCGCUCAGUGCUGCCUAUCAGUGCCUGUCAGUG